AUGCCUAAACAAAAAACCAAUCAAGGACCUUGUUCUAUUUACAACUGUAACAAAGAAUCUACAAGAUUUAAAAGUUUAACUGACAAUGCUUUUGCAAAAGCAUUAGCUGCAAAAUCUCUUCAACAAUAUUCAUAUUUACAAAUAGAUCAACAAAUUUGCAAUGCUCAUUAUAUGGAAAUUGUUGAAAAUGCUUGGAAUAAUUUUAGAAAAAAUUAUCAAAAUAAUAUUAGUUCAAAUAAUAUUAGUUCAGAUAAUAUUAUUGAAAAUAAUAAUCCUGUUGAUAAAAAAAAUGACAACUAUAAUAUAUAA